UCAUUGUUCAAACUUAAAGAGCAUUACACAAAACUCAGAACACAAUGGUGAGAGCUCCGUGCUGCGAGAAGAUGGGGUUGAAGAAAGGACCGUGGACGCCCGAGGAGGAUCACGUACUCGUCUCUUAUAUUCAGCAGUACGGCCACGACAACUGGAGGGCGCUUCCCAAACUGUCUGGGUUGUUGAGGUGUGGGAAGAGUUGCAGGCUGCGGUGGAUGAACUACCUGAGGCCGGAUAUCAAGAGAGGGAACUUUAGCAGGGAGGAAGAAGAGGCCAUCAUCAAUUUGCAUCAAAUGUUGGGGAAUAGAUGGUCAGCAAUUGCAGCAAGAUUGCCGGGUCGCACGGACAAUGAAAUAAAAAACGUUUGGCACACCAGCUUGAAGAAGAAGCUCAAUCUCAAGCAAAACCCUACUCGAACAGAAGCACAAGGUCAAGAACACGAACCCAAACCGGAAUCGAAGCCGGAAAAUGCUUCGUGUUAUGCAAAAUCCGAGAGCUUUGAAUAUGGUCCGGUUUCUCCACCUCAGUGCACUACUUCAAAUGCUGAUGAGACCUCCUCCUCCACCACCAGCGAGAACAACAACAGUAGUGCUAACAUGGACACGAACAUCGACGAGAGCUUUUGGUCAGAAAUACUAUCAUCUGAUCGGAACACUUCUAAUGAGACGGUGAGUAGUAGCCAUUUUGAUCAGGCAAUCGGUUUUGCAGAAGAUCCACAAGUGAACACAAGUGUUGAAUUACCUAUGGACUAUGGUUUCAAUGGCUCAUACAUGUACGAUGACUGCAUGGAUUUUUGGUACAAUGUUUUCACUAGAGCAGGGGAAAUUCCAGAGUUGCUAGAGAUUUAAUAUGAUCGAUCAGGAAUACUGUUUUGUAGUUUUGUCAACAUUUCCAAAAAAAAAAAACAUUGAGUUGGGAACAUGGAAUUUGAGUUGUCAUGCAAAUCCAAUAUCUUUGACCUAUACUGUAUAAAAAAACAAAUAUCUUUGACCUACACAACAGUAUGUAAUAUCCAUAUUUACAUAUAUGACGAUAAAUUUUUCGUUA